GACGUCGUCGGAAUCAACGAAAAAGAAACCGGAGUAGAAUGACGUCACAUGGUUUAGCAACCGGCGCGCUGUACGGAAGAGUGGCGUGUGUUCGCUAUCAUUAUCGUUCCUGUGGAAAUUACUCUUUGUGAGUCAUUAUGGCCUCGGAUGACAUUGCUCAGCUUGCGGAUGCUCUUUCGAAGACCCAUGUUGAGGAUGGAGAAUUGAGCUUUAAAGGCUUGGGACUGAAGUUGGACAACGCAGCAUCAGUGGAGGGUCUGAUACGUGAGAUAGAGCAGUGCCAGUGUCUGAGAGCUUUGCGCCUUGAGGGGAACACUUUUGGGGUUGAUGCAGCCCAGGCAAUCUCCAAGGCUCUUGAGAGCAAAGACCUUCUCCAGAGAUGCUAUUGGAGCGACAUGUUCACUGGGAGGCUGCGCUCUGAAAUCCCACCAGCCCUGAGGUCUCUGGGCAGUGCUUUAAUGAGUGCAGGGGCCAGGUUGACUGAGCUGGACCUGAGUGAUAACGCCUUCGGGCCGGACGGUGUGAAGGGCAUCGAGCAGCUGCUGAAGAGCCCUUCCUGCCACACCUUGAGGGAGCUAAAGCUCAACAACUGUGGUAUGGGGGUUGGAGGAGGAAAGAUACUGGCUGAAGCUCUGAUCGAGUGCCACAGGCAAUCAACGGCGCACGGAGCUCCGCUCAGACUGAGAGUAUUCAUCGCAGGGAGGAACCGCCUGGAAAAUGAAGGAGCCUGCGCUCUGGCCAAGGCCUUCCAGCUGAUGGGCAGCCUGGAAGAAGUCCACAUGCCCCAGAACGGUAUCAACUACACAGGUGUGAUGGCGUUAGCUUCAGCCAUGCGACACAACCCGGAACUCCGUGUCCUCAACUUCAACGACAACACCUUCACCAAGAAGGGAACGCUGGCCAUGGCGCAGGCUCUGAGACACCUGAGGAAUGUACAGGUGGUCAACUUCGGCGACUGCCUGGUCCGCUCUGAGGGAGCCAUCGCCCUCGCUGGAGUCCUCAGAGAGGGACUGCCUAUCCUCAAGGAGCUCAAUCUGUCAUUUGGAGAGAUCACAGAGGCAGCAGCGCUGGUUGUGGCACGGGCUGUCACGGACAAAGCUCAGAUGGAGAAAUUGGAUCUGAAUGGUAACUGUCUGGGAGAGGAGGGUUGUGAGGCUUUGAGAGAUGCCAUGGAGAACGUAGACAAAGGAGACAUGCUGGCAUCACUCAGUGAUGAUGAGGGAGAACCUGAGGAGGAGGAGGAGGAGGAUGAUGACGAUGAUGAGGACCAUGAAAACAGUGGUGAUGAUGAUGCAAGUGACGACUGUAAUGAAGACUGUGAGGAGGAUGGUGAAACUGUGAAGGAAAAUGGAAUAAUGAGAAAAGAGGACAGUCCUGAAAAACUUCAGAGCCCAGCAGAGAUCAAGUCUUUCCUCAGCUGCCCCUCUGCAGAGAAGCUUGUUCAGCUGGGAGAGAUGAGGACAGAGCUGCAGCAACAGGUGGAUGCAUCUGACCCGCACAAAGCAGCUGAUGCCCUUCUGAAAAUCGCUGCUCUGUACAGCGAGGAACCAGAGACCAAGACAGCAGUCCUUGAAACAAUCGAUGCCAUGUUGAAGAAGCUCCUCUCUGCUUCAGCCCUCCAUUCAUACUGUUUCCUCUCCACACUGCUGGUCCUGUUGGGACUCCUCAAGGGGGAGGGGAAGAAGAUAAAGGUGUCACUGGUCCCAGGUCAGCUGUUGUGUUUGGAGCAUGCCGUGCAGCAGGAAUACUUUCCCCAGCACCACGCUUCACUGCUUCACACCGUCAUGUCCAAGAACAGUGAAGCUCUCAAAUCCUGCAGCCGUGCCAGUGAGAGGCUGAACUCUGCGCUGGAGAAGAAGUGCAGCGACCAGCACUGAUCAAGCACGGCCAGUACCAACACUGGGACACAGACACGCACUGUGCUGACAUUAAUCUCUUCACCGACGAAACCUACAGGGACUCUUUACACUUGAAUAAGGGAUUCAAACAAUCACUUAAACUGUCUAAACUCCAGGUUUGUAUAUUUUAUGAAGGCACAACAAAGAUUGUCCAGAAUCCCUUUAAGUUUUAUUUUUCUACUACUUAUGCUUGUGACUUAUAUUUUUAUAGAAAAUAGAAAUGGUAAAAACUUUGAAAUACACACAUGAGUUAACCUUUGGGUUCAUGUGCUACAAAUGAAAUUGACUGUAACCUGGAGUGGAGCUAACAUAGACGGUCUCGGUGUGGGACCUCCUGCAGCAUGUUGCUUUGCAUUAACUUGAAUGUAUUUUCACAAGUCUGUUAACCAACAAUAAAACAAUGUACCAGUUUUAGACCCAGUUAUGGAAAUGUGUGGAUCAAAAGAUUACAGUUGUUUCCAGGUAUUGAUACAUUUGGAAAAUGUAGAGUAGAGUUUGCUGAAGUAUGGCAGGUAUUGUCAGAGUGUUGUGAUAAACACACAGCUGCACAUUUGCUGGAUUUUUACACAUGCAUUUCACGUACUCUGACACUUUUUGCUGAGGAAAAUUUGUCACAGAGUGCUGAGACAGAAAUGGGAAUGCAAAGACAUUACUCAUGUAAAUCACAGCCUGCUACAAUAUAUAAAUCAAAACGAACUGGUCCAGUGUAAAGACUUCACUUUAUAUUUACUUGUUACUAAUAGGAUCAUUGAUCAUUUGUUGCUGUUUUGACAUCACUUGUUUGAAAAAAUUCUGUAGUAAGGGAAAAGAAAAACUUUUCUAGGACAGUCACACAAUCACAGUCAUCUUACCACUGUCCACAAACUCAAGGCAGAGGUGCUGUGUGCAUCAGACUGUGAGCACCACACACACACUCGAGCCUGAAUAUGCAGGAUGUGUGUGCAUCGCCCUGCAAUGGGAUGUCGUAACACUUCAGAGCUCGAGGGCCCACGGUCACUUUUACCUGAUGUUUCUUCUCAUCCAUGAUCAGUCAUAUUGAAAUAAUGUGCUCUUGUAUGAUUUUGCAUUGCGCAAAUUCAGCUGCUUUGAGUCGCUUCAUGUAGACCAUAACGUGUUGGUCAUGAGAUGGAUAGAAGGGAAGUACCGGUAGGUUCACGCUGUAAUUUCAUUCUCUUCUUAUUAGACUGCAAGGACUGCAUUUAUAUUGUCAGGACAACGUGUGUUUACUUAAUCUGGUGUUGAUUUGUAACCAUUCAGAAAUAUAACUGAUCUAACAAACCCGA